AUAUCCUGUUAAGUGAUAUUAUGAUUUUGCUUAGGAUUGAAAUAUAUCCCUUCUGUAUUAUAAGUCGUAAUGGCAGAAUCUUUUGAUCUUGCAAGGAUACACCAAGGAGGUGGUCUUGAUUCAGAAUUUGAAUAUGACUCAGAAGCAGACAGGAAAAGAGAGAAGAGGAAUGAUUUGGUGCCAUCAAAAAAGAAAACAUCAGAAAAAAUAACAAACAAAAGACAUGUUGAAGAAGAAUACAGCAAAGAAGAAUGGAAAAACCAAAGAUUUCAUGUUCUCAGUAUGGAUGCUUUUGCACGUCAUAAGAAGUUUAUUAAUGACUACAUACUUUACUACAGUGGAUCAAAGGCAGAUUUUAAAAGAGACAGUUCAAAAGAUAAAAGAGACAUAGAUGUAAUCAAAGAGCAUCACAGAUUUCUAUGGAAUGAAGAAGAUGAUCCUGAUGAAACCUGGGAGAAGAGGCUUGCGAAGAAGUAUUAUGACAAACUGUUUAAGGAGUAUUGUAUUACAGAUCUCAGCAGGUACAAGGAAAACAAGAUUGCAAUGAGAUGGAGAAUUGAAAAGGAGGUUGUGGAUGGAAACGGCCAGUUUUCAUGUGGCAAUAAGAAAUGUAAAGAGUCAGAAGGAUUAAGGAGUUGGGAAGUAAAUUUUGGGUAUGUGGAACAUGGGGAAAAGAAAAACGCUCUUGUCAAAUUACGGCUAUGUCCAGACUGUUCAUACAAACUAAAUUAUCAUCAUAGAAAAAAAGAAAUUCUUCCAAAAUCAAAAAGAAAAGACAAAUCACAGCACAAGAAACAAAAAACAGAAGAAAAGCAUUCUGAUAAAGAAUCAAGUAUAGAUGAAACCUUAAAGAAACCACCUGAUCCAUCAACUUCUAAAAAAGCUGACUCAGUAGAAGAUAAAUCUAUGUGGAGUGGUCCUGCUAAAUUGCCUGAUGAAAAAUCAAGGGAGGAAGAAUUUGAUGACUACUUUGAAGAUAUGUUUUUAUGACACAGGUGUGAUAGACAAAAUGGAAUUACUGUUUGUGAUAGUCAUUACUUUUACUGUUUUAAUGUGCCACAUGUCAAUAAAUCAUCGUACUGUACUUCAUAAAAAAAUUUGCCUGCAUAUGGUAAAGUCUAGAUGAAAAGGAUGUAGAAAUAUUAGCCAAGACAAGGUUAUACAUAUAUGUAAGUGUGUGCAAAAUAAACUUCCUUUUAGAUCAGUCACAGGAAGAUGCAAAUGAACAAUUCACUACUACAAAAUGAGAAACCAACAUGCCAUACAUCAUAACUUGAAAAGAUGUAGUUAAGCUCCAGACAAGCUUGUAUAAUAAAACUAUCAGUCUAUUUUA